GGGGCGUGUCUAUUCGUUCCCUUCAAAGUUGUUGUGCAUGCAACGCCGUAUAUAAAACAACCAAAAAUCUUUCGCAGCCGUUCAUUCUGUCGCCAGAUCGUAUUAUGGCUAGGGUUCCCGAUGAUGAACGGCGCUCAAUUGUCUAUCUUUCCCUGAAAGGUUAUUCCCAGCGGUAUAUUGGCGCUUUAGUUAAUAGGCCCCUGAAGACUGUGAACAGGAUAAUUCAAGCCUACAAGUAUGAAGGUCGCAUUCAGGAUGCACCCCGCGCGAGCCGCCCUAAAGCUACCACAGACGAUGAAGACGCCCUCAUAGUUGCAGCUGCUGUUCGUAACCCUUUCUUGCCAGCCCCAGCAAUACGCGAGGACUUGGAUUUGGACGUUUCGGACACCACUGUUCGACGUCGCCUGCGUACUGCGGGCCUUCACAGUCGCGUCGCAGCGCAGAAGCCACUACUAACGGCGGCAAACAAGGACGCACGACGGCAGUUCGCUGAGCUGCACGAAGCAUGGACAUCAGAAGAGUGGGGUCGCGUCACCUUUUCGGAUGAGUUGACGUUUUCGAUGCGACAAGACCAAAGAUGGCGUGUUUGGAGACUACCAGGCACACGGAACGACCCGGACAACGUGCAAGGUGUUUCUGCCAGUGGGAGAUCGAGUGUGAACGUGUGGGGUGCUGUUUCAAGAUAUGGUUUAGGGCCCCUGCAACGUAUACGUGGACACUUAUCGUCGGAACAAUACUGCAACAUUUUGAACAAUGUGCUGUUGCCAUAUGCGAGCAGUUUAUUCCCAGACGGUGAUUACCUGUUCCAACAGGACCGGUCACCGAUACACACGGCGCGGGCUGUCAAGGAGUUCCAGGCGGAAGCACUCCAGAGGGCGCUGGAGGAGUCGGAUACCGCCCCGACCAACAUCCGAGAAUGGACUCAAUCCCUUCAACGAGCACACGGGGACACCACCAAAGCCAUUGAGCGCACAGCAGAGGUGCCGGUGAUAGACCUCUCACCUGACGUGCGGAAGGUGAUCCUGUACACCAACCUUGCUGAGACAUCCAUCACCGUCGUCGACGUUGUGUACGUUGUAGACACUGGUCUUCACCGAGAGCAGCGCAUCAACCCGUCCACGGGUGUGAGCCUGCUCGGUACGUUCCCUACGUCGACGGCCAGUGUCCAGCAGCGAGGAGGUCGCGCAGGUCGUGUGCGACCUGGAGAGUCGCACCACCUAUUCACGCAAGAUGAGUUCCUCUCCUGGGACCAGUUCAAGCACCCCGAGAUACAGACCAUCGACCUAACAAGGGUGGUCCUUGACUGUAAAUUGUUCUAUAACAGUCAUGGCCAGGCACACCUUCCCGGCCGGCGUUUCCUCUUUGAGGGUGCCACGGCGUAUGGGUUCCAGAACGAGUCCACGGGCCGCUCUUCAAUGAAUGUGUUUGGCCACAACUGGGUAGGUGCGGAGAAGUUGCGCCACGGAGGAAGCAGUGCCCCCAAGCUAUUGGGCUCGCUCAAACUCGGCAGCCAAGAAGCCUAG